AUGAAAUGGCUACGCGGUUCGAAUGAAUCAGAGAGUCAGGGACCUAUGGCGGGAUACACGUUUCAGUCGCGAAUGGGAUCUCUGUCUCUUCAUGAGUCUGAUCGCAUUCGCUUCAUAGGCUUUCCCGAUGACAUCACGAAUUCGGCACGCGCCACCAUUGCACACAGCUGGCCUCGUGGCAUAUCUUGGGAGAGAUUUUAUGCUGGAUCCUACGAGUUCAAACUGCAUGGGCGUCCAUGGGACGGCAAGGCUGAAUCUGGUAUCUUUGCUAGGCGCCUCGUCCGCAAUCUUCUAGCCUCACUGUACGGUGCAGGGUGGGUGAUGAUCUUUUCGACGGAUGUGAGCAAGAAGGCAAGGGACAAGGACACUUUCAUCUUCCGGCACCAGUCGCCACCGCCACCACCGGCUGAAUGGAUCAGCAUUGCAUUCUCCAACUACAACAAAAUCCGCCUCAUUGACGCCCCGCCCGACCUCGCAUGGGCCCUCGACCGUUCGAUUUCUGUGGCGCGGGCACCUCGCGCCAUGUACGAGUACUCACCAGGUGUGGCAGAACUGCUGCUCAACUCGUUCUACUGGCUCGCACAGGGAUCCACUACCAUGCAUGCUCGGCAGCUGCUUCUUCAGCUUGUGCUGACGCUCGAGGAACACGGGUUUACCGUGUAUGCAUCCGUGGACCAAAAGAACACGUACCAAGAUGAUCGGUCCGAAACGGAUACUUGGCAUUUGUGCCGUCCUACCGGAUGGCGACCCGGUAUGCCCGUCUUCCAUCGCUAG